UCUGAAGCGUCCAUUGCCUAGCAAUUCUUGACUGUGUUUGCCUGCAGCAAGCACAUCCUGACUUCUUCACUCCACCUUUAGUCUUAUAGCAUCGAGUUCCUGCGAUAAAAGACCCAGAAGCAUGCUCUGGCUCAAAUCCGCGAUUCUCCUCCUGGGCAUAGGAGGUGCCCACCUCCAGUGCUUCACACCCAAUGCCAACAUUCCGCCUCUGGACAAAAACGCUGAUCUCUCUGGCAUCGCAGACUUCGGGCUCACCCUCUACAAACAUCUGGCCCCGGAGAAGACGUCCGAGAACUUCUUCUUCUCCCCCUACAGCAUCUGGGCAGCCCUGGUCAUGGUGUACUUUGGGGCAGCAGGCAAUACCCAGGCACAGCUGGCGGCGGCACUGCACUUGAAAGACAAGCCUUCCGCACACCACCUGUGGAAAGGGCUGGAGAUUUUAUACAAUCAACAGAACAAAGCCAACAAAAGUCAGAUUGGUGUUGCCAACAGAGCCUACUUCAAUGAAUCUUUUGCUUUGCUGCCUUGUGUCCACACAGUUUUCCCAGAUGAGCUAAGAGUCCUUAAUUUUUAUGAUGCUACGAAUGCAGCUGAAGCCAUGAACGCCUUCGUCAACAAGACGACUCGAGGCCUCAUCAGCAGCAUCGUGACAGAAGAUAUGAUCCUUGCGGCCAGCGUGGUCCUCAUCAAUACUGUCUACUUCAAGGGCUUCUGGAAACAAGAGUUCAAAAACUCAAGCACCCACAAGAAGGACUUCUUCAUUACUCCAACCAAUAAAAUUUCAAUCGACAUGAUGAGCCAGGUUUCAGAUUUCAAGUAUGGGGAAUCAAGCCAACUCGGUGCACGGGUGCUAGAGUUGCCCUACGCUGAGAGCAACCUCUCCAUGAUCCUCCUUCUGCCUACUGCUAACGAGAGUGGAGGAAGUUCUCUUGCAAGUGUGAUCCAGGGACUCAGCAGCGCUGCUCUCAGAGAUGCCCUCAGCCCUGGGAAGCUGCAGACACGCAGUGUGGAUUUGCUCCUCCCCAAGUUUAAAUUCCGUGCAGAGCUGGCUCAUGACUUGGUGAAAGCACUGGAAAAGAUGGGUAUUGUGGACCUCUUUCACGGGAAUCGGGCUGACAUAAGCCAGUUCAGCUCUAGGGAUGAGCUGGCCGUGUCACACAUCAUCCACAAAGCGUAUGUAGAUGUCAACGAAGAAGGAACAGAGGCUGCAGCUGCUACAGUUAUCUUUUUGGAGUCAGCCAUUAUUUUGGAACCCCCCGUCGAAUUCCACUGCGACAGGCCUUUCGUCUUCACCAUCUACGACAGGAUGACGAACAACAUCCUCUUCAUUGGGGACAUCAAAAAUCCUGGAAAUUUACAGACAUAGUCCUCAUUCGUUGAGAGUUUCUAUGACUGGAAAGUCCUCCAGUGAACCACAGCAAAUGAGCCUCUAUGAUGUAGGCCUAUAUCCUCAGUGUCAACCGCAUUACUCUUUAGACUCUAAUCUUAAGGCUUGCAAGGCUCUUAAGAAUAGGUUGCUGGCUAUACCUAUCUUGAUAGAAAUGUCAUGAUAGCUAAAGUAGUGAAUGGCAUGAAAGUGAGAAUGUUGGUUUUCUGUAUAUGGCAAAUUUGUAUUCUGUCUUGUCUCUAAUGAUUAAAACAUUAGGAAAAGGAA